AGAUCUUGGCAUGGUCCGAUUGCAGGUUUGCCUUUGCGGUUCUGUCGUUGCUCUCCACCACUCCUGCAAUCCGACUAGGACUACCUCUUCCCCCCGAAACCUCUUGACUGCCUUUUUGUGGUAGCUGCGACCUACAGCGAUAUGGCUCCCCCCAGCUCAACGGCCAGAAGAGGGCCGAGUGUUUUGGUCUCUGAUCCUCGCGAAACGAGGCCUUUCCCGCAGACCCGAAGGCAACAACCUGCUCGAUUCAUCACCGUAGACAGCGUCCUCCAAUAUGCUUCCGAUGUCCCCUCCGCUCACAAUAGGCACCCCCAACGGCCUCGAGCCUUUCGAACCAACUCAGGCAGGCCUGUCGAUCCAAGACUCACUGGUCGCUAUGUCGGUUCGCAUAUGCCAUCUCGAUCCACCAAGACGUCCGAAAAGCUAGUUCUGUUGCCCGAGGCCGUCGAGGAGGAAGAAGAGAAAGGUGAUUUUGGUCCCGACGCCGACAAAGGCCCGCCCAAAGACGACGAGGACUAUCGCAAACCUGGGAAAGAAGGUGUUAAGAGCUACGCGGAAAGGUUGCCCAAGGCGAGACGUACGGAAAAGGAGCUACCCAGAGUGACGGCCUACUGCACAGCUCAAGCAUACAAGCUGCAGUCUACGGCGACCUUUGUCAGGCAGCGUCAUGGUGCCAGAGCUAAACUCUAUGACGACUGCCUAUACUGCGCGUAUCAUCUGCCACUAUUACCGGGGAAUGAAGGUUACAGAAUCCGAAGCAGCCCACCAGUCCAGAGCGCUAAAGGCGGAACGGUCCUGGACGAAGAAAUCGCCCGCAGCGAGCAAAGAGAUUACCGGGAACCGUAUUACGCAGAGGAAGAGGAGCAACAUUCCGUGCGAGGUAACUACACCCCGGAUGAGCAGCCUGUUGACUCAAAUUCCGGUGACCCAAGCGAACUUGAACGGCCACGGCUCAACGGGCAGCGGAGAGAGAGUGACCAUUCACAAAGAUCGAACAGUCCAGGCGCCAGUCUCCCUGCCGAUGCAUACCGGUUCGCAGAGAUGUUUGUCUUCAGCUACGGAGUCGUCGUAUUUUGGAAUUUUAGUGAGAAGCAGGAGAAAGAUGUUCUGGCCGACUUUGCCUUUGCCACGAUUGUGGAUCAGAAAACCAACAUCGUAUCGCCGAUCACACUAACCACAAAUGCCUUGGAUGAGGAAGAUUUCGAAACGGAAGACUUUCACUUUGAGUACAACAAUGAGAUAUUGCGCCCACGAGUAUACAACGACAUGAUUACACUCCGGAGCGGCGACCAUAUGAUCAAGCUCGCCAUCAGCCAUGCUAUUGCCCAGAGCACCAAGCUAAGCUUCUUUGAGGAAACCAUGGCUGCGCAGAUGGAGGCGGCAAAAGACGUCCCCGGCAAGUUGGCCAAAACAGGUGAGCUGGGACUGAAACGAGAAGAAGUCAUCAAGCUGCUCGGAGGCCUGUACAAGAGUCGAGUGGAGGUCAAUUUGUCAUCGAAUGUCCUCGACGUGCCCAACCUGAUUUGGGAUAGUGAGCCUACCUUGCAUCCUCUGUACAACGCGGUACGCGAGUAUCUUGAAAUCAAACCGCGGAUCCAGAUUCUCAACGAACGUUGUCGAGUGUUCCUUGACUUGACCGAGGUCUUGUCAGACUAUAUUUCCGAUGAUAAGAUGUCGCGGAUCAAUUGGAUUAUCAUCGUCCUGAUCGUCAUCUCCAUUCUGGUCACAUGCUCCGAAGUGUUCCUACGGUUUGGCAUUUUGAGCACGCGCGGCGAGGACAAGAGUCCUCAAGCCUUGCAACGGUCAUUGCUAGGCAGCGAGCUCUGAGUCCACGGAGGGUCUGCGUGGAAUAUUUCAUGGUUCAAUGUGCUUCCUGCGUAGUGUAUAUACCAUUUCUGUCCUGGCUUGGUCGAUAGCGAGGAGUUGGCAGAGCAAGGGUUCGUGGCGAGAAAAAUAACUUUGAUUUCCGGGAUGAAGGCCACCCAACAGGAUUGUCUACUUUCUGCUACAUAAAACAAUACGCAAGGAGCUGUCCACAGCGGUCAGCAUUCCCGUUAUCUCG